AAAAAAAAAAAAAAAAAAAAAGAAAUACUAAACAACGCCACUGUUAAAAUUUGAUUGAUCCUCCUCCUCCUCCUCCUAUUUUAAUUAAUUGAAUUUUAUCCUUUUUCAGUUUAAAUGUUAAUUUCACAUAGUCAAUUCAUAUGAUAAUCAAUUGUUAUAUACAUCCUCAAUUCUUAUCAAUGGAAGUAGAUCAUCUUCUCUAAAUCAUCAUGCCAAGAACAGUACCCCUGUAAAUAUUUCCUUCUCUCUGUGUCGAGCCCUUUUGUACCAUACGUCAUAUUUUAUUUGUCCUCACUUUUGGUUUGUCGCAAAGUUAUGUCAUAAAAAUAUAAAAAACGACAAACCAAAAAAUGACAAAUCGCGAAAUCUCUAACUAACAAAAAAACAACAACACCAAACGCGUUUACAAUUUUAAUUUCUUGUUUAUUUCGUUUACAACCAAAUACUCUAUCUUCUUUCAUCCAAUCAAUCAAUCAAUUGAAAUCAUGUCCAGCUCUAGGCCUGAUCUAAAGUUCACAGACAACGCUGAUGAAAGACUGUUCUACAUCAAGUUUGCCAAGUUACCUCCUAAAGAUCAAGCUACCAUUCGUAUUAUUGAUAAUAAUAAAGAUUAUUUCACCGCUUUAGAUGAUGAUGCUGAUUUGAUUGCUGAUAAUAUCUAUAAAACUCAAUCAGUCAUCAAAUAUAAUCAAUCAAAGAAGAACAAAUACGUCACCAUCGCAUCUCAAGUGUUCUUAAAUAAUGUAUUGAAAUUUGUCUUAAUUGAUAAACAUUCCAAACUUGAAAUCUUUAAUAAAAAUUUCGAUUUAAUUUGUACGGCUACAGCAGGUAAUUUAGAAAAUUUAAGUAUGGAAUAUGGAGUUAAUUUAGAAUCCAUGUUUCAAGAUUGUUCAAAUCCUAUCAUUGCUGCUUUGAAAUAUAUUCAAUCAGGUGCUACCAAUAAUGUUAAAAAAAUUGGAGUAUCAUUUAUUGAUAUUCUGAAUGCUACUAUUCAAUUAUCUGAAUUUGAAGAUAAUGAUUUAUUUUCAAAUCUUGAAAGUCUUUUAUUACAAUUAGGUGUGAAAGAAGUAGUUUUACCAUCUAAUUAUUCUAAUGAUGAUCAAAAUUCUGAAUUUAUUAAAUUAUUUCAAGUUUUAGAUAAAAUUGGUAAUUUGGUUAUUAGUACUAUAAAAUCAUCAUUAUUUAAUACUAAAGAUAUUGAUCAAGAUUUAUCUAAAAUCGUUAUCAAUGAAAAAAAUAAUGAUGAAGAAUCAAAUAUUGAACUUAUUUUAGCUUCCAAGGGGAUUAAUACUACUGAUUAUCAAAUUUCAUUAUCUUGUACUAAUGCUUUAAUUAAUUAUUUGAAUUUAUUAGGUGAAAAUGAUUAUAAUUUUACCAUUGAUCAAUAUAAUUUAUCAUCAUUUAUGAAAUUAGAUUCAUCAACCAUGAAAGCACUUAAUAUUUUCCCCAUAUCAGGAAAUACGAUAUCAAAAUCAAAAUCAAAUAAUAAUGUCGGUUCGAUAUUUGAAUUGUUAAAUAGAUGUAAGACUCCAGCUGGUUCUAGAUUAUUAUCCCAAUGGUUGAAACAACCUUUAACAAAUUUAUCAAUGAUUGAAGAAAGACAUCAAUUAGUUGAAAAUUUAAUUUCAAAUACUAAUCUUCGAGUAUUUUUAACUCAAGAUUUUCUUAGUCAAGUUCCUGAUAUUAAAAGAUUAGUUAAAAAGAUUUCUAUCGGUAUUGAUAAAUCUGUCGGUAAUGAAAAUAAAAAAUUAGAAGAUGUGGUAAGAUUAUAUCAAUUGAUUUUAAUUUUACCAACUUUAAUUGAAAAUCUUGAUUUAGAAACUGAUCCAUUAGUGGGAAAAUAUUGGUUACAACCUAUUAAACGUGAUUAUGAAUUAUUAUUAAAAUUCCAAGAAUUAAUUGAAACUACAGUAGAUUUAUCACCAUUGGAUUCUACUUCAUCAUAUGAUUUAUUACAUACUGAUUUUAAUAUUAAACCUGAAUUCGAUGAUUCAUUAAUUGAAAUUGAUCAAAAAUUACAACAUACCCUUUCCGAAAUUAAACAACAACAAGAAGAAGUUUCUGAUGAUUUAAAUAUGGAAAUUGAUAAAAAAUUAAAAUUAGAAAAACAUAUUCAACAUGGUUGGUGUUUAAGAGUUACCAGAAUUGAUUCUCAUGUGUUAAGAAAUACUAAUAAUAAAUAUAAUGAAUUACAAGUGGUUAAAGCCGGGGUUUUCUUCACUACUAAGAAAUUAACUCAAUUAUCAAAACAAUAUAAUGAAACAUCAAUGGAAUAUAAUAAAAAGCAAAGAGAAUUAAUUAAAGAAAUCCUUGCUAUAAGUUUAACUUAUCAACAAGUAUUCACUGCAUUAUCAUUAACUAUUUCUCAUUUAGAUGUUUUAACCAGUUUUGCUAAUGUGGCAAUCAUAGCCCCUAUAUCAUUCAUCAAACCAAAAUUACAUCCUUUAAGUCCAUCUAUGGAUAGUCCUGAAUUUAAACAAAGAAAGAUUAAUUUAAAAGAAGCAAGACAUCCUGUGGUUGAAGUUCAAGAUGAUGUUAAUUUCAUUGCUAAUGAUAUUCAAUUUUCCAAUGAUGAUAAAUCAUUUGUGAUUAUCACAGGUCCAAAUAUGGGUGGUAAAAGUACUUAUAUAAGACAAGUUGGUGUGAUUGCAUUAAUGAGUCAAAUUGGUAGCUUUAUACCUGUAUCAGAUGAAGAUGAAGCUAUUGCUGAAAUCCCUAUAUUUGAUGCUAUUUUAUCAAGAGUUGGUGCAGGUGAUUCUCAAUUAAAAGGAUUAUCCACAUUUAUGAUUGAAAUGUUAGAAACUUCAUCAAUUUUAGCUACUGCAACUCAUAAUUCAUUAAUUAUAAUCGAUGAAUUAGGUAGAGGUACAUCUACUUAUGAUGGAUUUGGAUUAGCGUGGUCAAUUCUGGAACAUUUAAUCACCGAAAAGAAAUGUUUUACUUUAUUUGCAACUCAUUUCCAUGAAUUAACUCAAUUAUCAUCAAAAUAUCCCAAUGUUGAUAAUUUACAUGUCACAGCUCAUAUUGAAAAGGAUUCUACCAAUGAAAAUAAUGAUGAUAUAACAUUAAUGUAUAAAGUUGAACCUGGUAUUUCAGAUAAAUCAUUUGGUAUUCAUGUGGCAGAAUUAGUUAAAUUUCCAACCAAGAUUGUUAAUAUGGCUAAGAGGAAAGCAUCUGAAUUACAAGAUUCUAAUUUAACUGAAGGUGAUAAAUUCAUUCAAAAUAAGAGAACCAAUUGUAAUGAACAAGAAAUUAAUGAUGGAUUAAAUAAAUUAAAACAAGUGUUAAAACAAUGGAAAGCAGCUUGUUAUAAUGAACUUGAUGGAUCAUGUAAAUUAAGUAGUAAUGAUGCUAUAGAGAAUUUAAAGACUUUAGUAGAGGAGAAUGGUAUUAAGAAUGAAAAGUUAGUUACUGAGAUCCUUAAUUUAUAAAACAUUGGUAUAAACAAUAGAAUAGGCGAUGGCUGCAACUGAGAAAAAGAAAAGAAAAAUUGCAUCACUUUUUCGUAUUUGAUUUCUAUUUUUCUUUUUUUGAGGCUUGCUAUAUACUUUUUACAGUCAUUGAUUUCUAAAUAUAAAAAAAAUUUAAUUAAUAAAAUUAAAAUAUCCCCAUUUGUGCUAAAUAUAAAUUAUUUUUGAAUUGGCCUGGCCUGGCUCUUGCCUAUUUGAUAUAUAAAAAAAGACCUACUUAUUGAUU